AUGUCUGACCGCGAGUCGCCCGCUGAUUUGGCGGCAAACGAUGCAGUUGAUGAUGGAAAGGAGGCGGAGUUCCAAGAUGAGGUUGCGGCAGCUGAUUCAGACAGAGACUCGGACGCGCUCUCGGAAAUCGACGAAAACGAGUUCGAAGACUACGAUCCAGAGACGGCCAACAUCGAGGACCGGCCAGUGGAUAUCGACGAAGAUAUUGCGCGCACUCUCAAGGCUACCAAGCGAAAGCGUGUAGCUGGAGAUGCUCCCAAGAAAUCUCGAGAGGGCCGUCGUGAGAAGAAGAGACGAGACCGCGAUGAUGAUGUUGCGAUGGAAGAUGGAUCAGAGGUCGAUGGAAAGGCAUCACGACGAGCAAGACGCACUGGCGAAGGGGAGAGACGGCGAGCAAAGCCUGGUACUCCUGAGCCUGAGAAUGAGGAGGAGUUGAGUCCGGAAGAGCGAAGGAAGAGAGCCAUCGACCGAGCUUUGGAUGCAGCUAUCAAGAAGAGCGGAACAACAAAACGUCGGCGCAAAGACGAGAUUGACUUGGAAGAUGAGAUUGAUGAUCAGCUUGCCGACCUGAAGCUCAAGAUGGAGCGAGCAUGCCGAGCCGACAACGAGGCGCGGGAGUCCAAUGAACCUGCCAUUCACAAGCUGAAACUCCUUCCCGAGGUCAACGCUAUUCUGAACCGAAACAACGUGCAACAUGCCGUCCUAGACCCGGAUACCAAUUUUUUGCAACAUGUCAAGUUCUUUCUUGAGCCGCUCAAUGAUGGAUCUCUGCCGGCAUACAACAUUCAGCGAGACCUCUUUACAGCCAUGACCAAGCUGAACAUUGAAAAGGAAGCGCUUCUCAGUAGCGGAAUCGGAAAAGUGGUACUAUUUUACACGCGUAGCAAGAAGCCAGAACCCAGCAUCAAGCGAAUGGCCGAGAGGCUGCUGGGAGAAUGGAGUCGACCUAUUCUGAAACGAACUGAUGAUUACAAGAAGCGACAGAUUGAAAGUCGCGACUACGACUACCAGGCCGCCAAACUGGCACAACGGCAAAAGAUUGGAUCGCAAUUCAGUCUCACGCAACGGCCAGCCAUGUCGGCGCGUGAUGCCCAGCGCGAGCGUAUGCUGGCACCAGUUGGGUCUAGCAACCGAGCGCGCAUGACGAGUCUUCCGCAGAGCUACACCAUUGCGCCAAAAAGCACGUUUGACGGCACCAGGGGCUCAGAACACAGGCCGCUUGGCGCGGGCGGCAUGGAAGCGUUCAGAAAGAUGACGCAAAAGACCAAGAAGAGGGGCUGA